AUGUCGCUUGUUGCAACGGCCCCUAAGAAUAUGGUAUAUCUACGAUUAGGACUACGUGGUAUACAACUCAUUUGCAGUGUCUUGGCCUUGGCUUUUGCAGCUGGCGGCUUUUACGAUGGAGCGGCUUCGAGAGCAAGUAUUUUCGUGCUGCUUAUGGGUUACACUGGCAUGCUGUACACGUUGUGGCAUCUUGUGGCGGUGGAGAUCUUCCAUUUUGCUAAUCGUCCGGCACUUCGUUUCGAGCAGUGCCUAGAUGGACUAUUGGUGCUCUUGCUACUUGUUGCCGGUAUCUGCUUGGCGACGUCGGACUUUACGAGAUACUGUGGCUUUGGGUGGCACUGUCACAACCUCCGAGCUGCGACGGCUUUCGACUUUAUCGCCAUGUUUUUCUUUUUGGUGUCGCUGGUGAUGACGUUCCUGACCUCAAACGAGCAAGUUAACGGACCUACUGACGUGCAAUUAGAAGAUCCUGUGCCGUACCACCAGAGCGUGACGCCUACGUCAGCUGCGUUGUCUCCGAUCGUUGGUAUGUUUGGUGCUAGUGGCUCGCUGGUGAUAUUGGGCAAGGUCUAG